ACACCAGCCUCACUCCUCCUCCCUCACUGUAACAGGGCAUUUUCUGCCCUGCCUUCCCUAUGACAGAACAGCCUCUCUCCAUUCUUCUCCCUCCUCUUGUGUCACAGGACAGCCUCCCCCUUCUGUAUCACAGGGCAGAUCACCCCCCCUUGCUUGCUGGGUGACAGGACGCUCCUUACCGGGUCUUUACACCAUGAAGGGCUAAUCCCAAAUAAAGGAGAGCAAGCAGGGGAAGCAGUGCUGCAUUUGCACUGAGCUCGACUGGCUGCAGUGGAAAGUGCUGCUGUGAGAUCUACUGGAUGCAUCCCAGAGGUGGAGGUCGCAAUAGGUGCAGAUCCAGUUCUACUACAGUGUGUUGUCAGGAAGAGGUGAAAGAAAAGAAAAAAAAUACAUCAAAAAAGGUCACUGCAAUAAAGAAGACAGCGGUCACAGAAUCUCUUGCUGUACUGAGCAAGAUUACCAUGGUAACCAGAAAAUACAAUUAAAAGGCAAGUGAGGCAGAAGCAGAUGAGUAGGUUGCUCCUUACCUUUGGACAGAAGGAAGUGAAACAAUUAUGCAGAGGAGAAAAGGAUAUAUGACGGAUAUGGUCACACAGUGGAGAAGGGAAUUAUCCUUUCAUUAAGAAAGGAAUGUGUCACCGCUUCCUCCAGGAAAGGGGAGUGCCAUGACAUCUGCUGAGGAGACCAUCUGCCUGCAUUUGUAUUGGUUCCCAUUUUCACAUCCCAGCUGGCAUUUAGCUUUGUGAGUGGUUCUAACUGGACCAGUUGGUAUUGGCUAUUUCUUAUUAUUUCAUCUGACAAACAUAUUGUAAUUCAUAGCUCCCUAUUAAAAUAGGAGAGGCAAAAAAACAGAGAGACAUAUAGUGAUAGAGAGAGAGCGGGGCAAUCUCCAGCUCUCUGGCAAACACCUACCAUGGGAUGUCGGCAAAGUGCGGAGGAGAAAGAAGCAGCUCGGCGCUCACGCAGGAUAGAUCGCCACCUGCGCUCUGAGAGCCAGCGCCAACGUCGGGAGAUUAAACUUCUGCUUCUGGGAACUAGCAAUUCUGGUAAAAGUACCAUUGUGAAGCAGAUGAAGAUCAUCCACAGUGGUGGGUUCAAUUUGGAAGCCUGCAAGGAGUAUAAACCCCUCAUAAUAUACAAUGCCAUCGACUCACUAACUCGUAUAAUCAGGGCUCUUGCCACUCUCAAAAUUGAGUUUCACAACCCUGACCGAGCGUAUGAUGCAGUACAACUCUUUGCCUUGACAGGGCCAGCAGAAAGCAAGGGUGAAAUCACAUCCGAACUGCUAGGUGUGAUGAAGCGUUUGUGGGCAGACUCAGGGGUACAGGAUUGCUUCUGUCGCUCCAAUGAGUACCACUUGGAAGAUAAUGCUGCUUACUACCUCAAUGACCUUGAGAGAAUAGCGGCUAUUGAAUACAUACCCACAGUUGAGGACAUCUUGCGCUCACGUGACAUGACCACGGGUAUUGUGGAGAACAAGUUCACUUUCAAAGAGCUCACAUUCAAGAUGGUGGAUGUUGGGGGCCAGAGAUCUGAACGCAAGAAGUGGAUUCACUGCUUUGAGGGUGUUACAGCCAUAAUAUUCUGUGUGGAACUCAGUGGCUAUGACUUGAAGCUUUAUGAAGACAACCAGACAAGCCGGAUGGCAGAAAGUCUUCGUCUCUUCGAUUCCAUCUGCAACAACAAUUGGUUCAUUAACACCUCACUUAUCCUUUUCCUCAACAAGAAGGACCUCCUAGCGGAGAAGAUACGACGCAUUCCACUUACUGUUUGUUUCCCAGACUAUAAGGGACAAAACACAUAUGAGGAGGCAGCUGUUUACAUUCAGCGCCAGUUUGAAGACUUGAACCGCAACAAGGAAACCAAGGAGAUUUACUCACACUUCACCUGCGCCACGGACACCAGCAACAUUCAGUUUGUGUUUGACGCAGUGACAGACGUCAUUAUCCAAAACAAUCUCAAAUAUAUUGGACUCUGCUAAGUUCCUCCCAGAGCAUUUUCAGAGAAUGGGUGUCUUUCUAAACCUAAGACCACAUGCGCCCAGGGUUCAAAGUAAACACAGACAGCACUGAGAUCCCCAACAGAACCCCUCACCUCCUUACCUGCACAAACUGUACAUUUUAACAGGGAAUGAAGACUGAGCUUGAUUUUCAGCAGGUUGAAAAAGGUGCCUGUAAAAUUAUUGGUGUCUGACCAAGAAGAUGCUGUAUGUUUUCUGCUCCCUGCGUCAGAUGUGUGUGAAUAUGUGAGUGUGUGUGUUUGUGUGUGGAUCUGUCUGUGUCUGACUGCUGUCUGGAUUGUUAAACCAUGGGAGAUUUUCUUCUAACUUGAGGUGAGAUUUUUCUGAUUGUCCAGGUUGAUCCAUGCUGGCUCUCUAUUUUUUGCUGGAGCUCUGUCAGAGGGACCUGCAAUCAGCUCUUUCUUAGCAUUGAACAAACUAUAAAAAUAAAAUUAAAAAAAGGAUAGUUCCAACUAUCUGAGGCACCUAUUUUAUGUGCCAUAACUAAAGAUUACAGGGUUCAAUCUAGCUAUCCAGCCAUUGUCCAAUUGCAACUCUAGCAGAUUAUUAAAACAGGAAUGUUGUGUAUUUAGAAGGCACUUUAGGCCAAAAUAAGGUUUGACCUGUGCUUUAAGGGACAUUUUCCAAAUAUCCCGGUAUACUAAUUAUACGUAUUCUGCUGUAAAUUCUUAAACUGUUCUGUAUUAGGACACUCCAGACACCAACCAAUUUGAUAGGUUUUGGACUCAUCUACGUGAUAGUGUUUUUUCUCCACGUUCAAAACUGUUUAGAUGUUUAAACACACAUUGUCUUUUCACAAUGUAACUUCCUUAUUAAAGGUACUCUGAGUAUGUGUCCAGUCAACGAGAGAUUGGUGUUAGUCAAGUUGCCGACAUGACUCCAGCCCACAAUCACUCACUGCCAUCUUAUCUGUUCCCCCCUCUCUCCCCCCCUUUUUAAAUAAUACUAUGCAGUUAAGAAGAGGACAGUGAUUGAUUGUGUGGUAGUAUCUAGUCAGCAGCUCAGCUCACACUGAUCUCUCAUUGGUUUAGCUACACUGAGUACUUACCAAUCAAAUAGACAUUUUGCGAAAAGAAAAGGCAUGGCUAAGAGGGUGGUGGUAACUUUAAGAAAGCUGCAAAUCAUUUUUAAUUUUAUUUUAUUCUUUUUUUUUUUUUUUUUUUUUUUUUUUUUUAGCAAAAUGAAAUGUAUUUGCACAGGGAGAAAACCACAGGUUGAAUGAGGCCAAAACCAAUCAAAUGCAUUUAAGCUGAAUGUGUUUUCUCCUUAAAUUGUUCCGCAUAUAGCAACAAUAAUGGGUUAUUUCUAUGAGAACCAAACUGAUAGUAAGAAACUCCGUUUCCAAAGAGGCCAUUCAGCAGCUGAUAUAUUUUAAAUUCAUUUAUUAUUUUCUAAUAUGAUCCUCACUUUCAAACCAGGUAUCCCUUUGGAGAUACCAAAUCUCUUUAUCUACGCUGAUCUCAGAGUGCUAAAAUAGCAAUACCUUUAUUGGUGAACUCACAGUAUAUAUAUAUAUAUAUGUGUAUAUAUAAUACAUAUACAUACACAGACAUUUUGUAAAUGGAUAGGUCGAUCUCCAAGUACAUUCCAAACCUUAUCAGAAAACAUAAAAGAGACUUCGCCACAGCAAACGCAGCCUCCAUUUUUCAGGUUGUUGACCUGUUUUGCAGCCAACUGUUGCAACUGAACAACAGUCUGUCACUAAAAACCAUAGGCACUCUCUAUGAGUGUUUCCAUGACCCAAGAGUUCUUUAUGCAAUUUAAAGGUAAACCCAAAUUAUCUGCACCCUACCAGCCUUCCUAACAGCAUCCAUGCUUGCUAAAAGAUUGUCUUUAAGGUGCCUGUUUCUCAACAAUCCAUCACCAUCAGAUAUGAAGAGUACCGGUAAAGAGUAGGCUCCUGCUGCAGAUUUUGUUUACACCAAUGUAACAUGGGUUGUUUCCAUUAAUGAGAACUUUGGGUUUUUCUUUUUGUUUUGUUUAGUUUUGUUUUUCCUGCCAAGCCUGUAUGGUUUUUCGCACAAAGAAAAAGCAGGACCUUUUUAUGAGGUGUUCAAGUAUUCUUAUUUGUAAAAAAGAAAAUGCAAAAAAAAAUAAUAAUAUAUCACUGGAAAAUACACUGGCUAUUUAUUUUGCAAAAAAAAAAAAGGGGUCGGGGGGGAAGAGGCUUACAGCUCCUGAUUAUUUACACUGAGAAAGAAAGACUUUCUGACUUGAUAAACUUUGAGGUGAGGUGGGCCUCCCAAAAUUUUAUUUUAAACUGGAGCAGUGUGGUACUACAGAGGCCUUCAAUGGAGCAAUAUGAACAAUACCAUCACACUUUGCUUUAAGAAUUGCCGUAAAGUAAGUUUGGGGUUUAAGGGCACUGAAAGGUACUGUCUCAUAAUACUUUCAAUGAAAUACCCUGAGGAAGCAAGUGAUAGCUAAUUUGUAUUUUAUUUUUCUGGAAAACAGUCGCUAAUUCUGGAUGUCUGUGUGAAGUCUGUGUGUAAAUAAGUUGAGGCCGUGUAAAGCACAUCCACUUGGUAUGUAAAUUCUAGCCCUCGAGCUUCAUGUGUAAUCCCAGCCACACAGUGCCCUCCUGAAAUCACAUUGCCCCUAAAACCCAUGUAUGAUUCCUCUGCCAAGGGCUUAAUUCUUCAAGGACCCAAGCUAGUUGCAGUGCACCGUGUUCCUGCUAAAUUGCAGUGUUCACAGUGUUUUGCAGGCUGCCUUAGGCUUGAAGUUUGAUGACACUACAUUUUCAGAUUGAAACUCUACUGGCGAAAGAGAAAUAAAGAUUCUGAAUGGUU